AUGGCAGAGGAUUUAGAGCUGCGUGGAUACCAGGAGGAAGUGGUCGAGAGGGCUCUUCGGGGAGAAAACGUAAUCAUCUGGCUGCCGACUGGAAGUGGAAAGACCCGCGCUGCCGUCUAUGUGGCCAAAAAACACCUGGAAACCACCCGUGGGGCUAAAGUGGUGGUCCUGGUAAACAAGGUUCACCUUGUAGCACAACUUUACACCAAAGAGUUCGAGCCGUACCUGGGCCAUGGCUACACCCUGGUGCCAGUCAGCGGGGACAGCAAGGAGAAGGACUUCUUUGGGCCCGUGUUGAAGGACUCAGACGUGGUCAUCUGCACAGCGCAGAUCUUGUACAACGCGAUGACCAACAUGGAGGAGACCAAACACGUUGAGCUCUCAGAUAUUACUCUACUGAUAAUCGACGAGUGUCACAACACCCACAAGGAAUCAGUCUACAACAAGGUGAUGGCGUGCUAUGUGGAGAAGAAGUUGGAAAGAGAACUCCCAUUGCCACAGAUCUUGGGUCUCACUGCUUCACCGGGAACAGGAGGCGCCAAGAACCUGGAAAAGGCCGUGGACCAUGUUCUGGAGAUUUGUGCAAACCUGGACUCAGCCAUAGUUUCGACUAAAAACUGUGUGUCCGAGCUGAAGCAGAAGGUACCCAGACCCGUCAAGCAGUUUGACAUUGUGGACAAAAGGCUUGAGGACCCAUUGGGGGAUCAUCUUAAGCGCAUGAUGGAGAUGAUCCAUGAGUACAUGAAUAUUCCCCCGGACUUCAACCUGAGAAAGUGUGGCACACAAGAGUAUGAGGCCGAUGUGGUGAUACUGGAGCAGAACGGAGUCAAACAGAACAACCGACUGCUGGCACAAUGUGCGCUCCACCUCAGACAGUACAACGAUGCCCUGCUCAUCAACGACACCCUGCGCAUGAUGGAUGCUUAUCGCUCCCUAAACGAGUUCUACAAAAACAAGUCGACCACAGCAAUUGACGGAACAGACUACUUCUUGGCGGGACUUUUCCAAGAGAACCAGGUGGAGCUGAAGAAACUGGCGGGAGAUUCUCGCUAUGAGAACCCAAAGAUGGGCAUGCUGGAGACCACUCUGCUAACACAGUUUGGUCCAAGUGUCAAAUCGAAGGGGAUCCUCUUCAGUAAGACGCGUAAAAGCAUCUAUUGCCUGAAAGACUGGGUCCUCGACAAUAAAGCCUUGCAGGAAGCCGGCGUCAAGGCCGCCAUCCUCACCGGUGCUGGAAAUGGUAACACUCACAUGACGCAGCAAAAGCAGGCGGACACGAUCCGCGAUUUCCGUGACGACAAAGUCAACCUCCUGAUCUCCACCAGCGUGGCCGAGGAAGGCCUCGACAUCCCUGAAUGCAACCUGGUGGUGCGCUAUGGGCUGCUAACAAACGAGAUUGCCCAGCUGCAGGCCAGCGGACGCGCCAGGGCGAAAGAGAGUCGGUAUUCGGUGGUCGCCGAUAAAGGGGGGAAGGAAGUGAGGCGGGAGCUCACCAACGAAUGUCUGGAGAAGCUGUCCAUAGAAGCCAUUGCUAAGGUCCAACAAAUGAGUACCCCAGAGUUUCGCACAAAGAUUGCCAAGCUACAAAAGGAGGCAGUUUGUUUGAGAAAAUUGACGGAGGCGGGCAAAAGAGAGAAGAGAGGUCGCAACACUGCCGCCAGCGUCAAGCUGUUGUGCCGAAACUGUUUGAAGGUUGUGGCCUGCGGCAGCGACAUCAAACUACUUGACGACAUGCACUAUGUCAACGUCAAUCCCGAUUUUGAGAGACACUACACCGUCGGUGGGGAAGUGAAUAUCAACAAGAGCUUCGAAGACUGGGAGCCCGGGCGCACCAUCAAUUGUAGCACGUGCAACCAGGACUGGGGAUUUGAGAUGAAGUACAAGAAAAGGGCCGUGCUGCCCAAUGUAGCUAUUAAGAAAUUGGCCGUGGAGACUCCACUCCAUGGCAGGAUGACUGUGAAGAAGUGGAAGGACGUCCCUUUCACUGUCGAGGACUUCAGCUUGGAAAAGUAUUGCCAAGACAACUACCCUGACAUGUUUGACUGAGACACCUGCAGGAGAGCUCUGUGUCAGUCCCCCCCUCCACACACUCCACAUGUUACCUUUUACUGGUGUUGGAUUACCUGUGCUCAUUCAGAGGGACCAUCGUAUUCUUAAAAUGUCCUGCUCACGCACUUGCAUUCAUUCGGGGGCUGGCGGGCCAGUGAGGCAGCAGUGUGCCGAUCAUGCAUAAAAUUAGCGUGACAGCUUUGUUUAUGCCCAAGGAACUGCCUCCUUUUCCUCCGCUUCAUGCCAAGUCAAGCACAGAAACAAAGCACAUAAUGAAUAUGGACUGUAACCAUCAUGAACACUCGGCGUGUCCUCACGAAGAUGAACUCUCUUUAACCGUUUUAAGAUGUUUUUAAUUAGAAACUUAGUAUGCAUGUAGGGGUGUUUGUGGUAUGUGGAUAUUAUGUGUACUGAUUAUCUGAAAUAAUGCAUGUGCUUAUUUAAGUGUUUUACAGGAUACACACUUUUAAAUCAUCUUUUUAAUUGUAAUUAUGGACAGUAUAAAUUGACUAACAAAACCGGCCACAUUUUAAUAAACAUUCUUCUUAAAUGCCAAAAAGAUUGUUUUGUAAUGUCUAUUAACCACUAGGUGUCAGUGUUGAUCAGCCAAUUAAGUCAUUUUCUCCACAG